AUGUUAUGGGACCGCCUUUUCGGGACCUAUCAGUCAUACGAGGAAAGGCCUGUCUUAGGACUGGUCUCGGCUACGCCCAAGACAUACGAUUCAUUGACUCUACAAUUUGGUUAUUAUUGGGAAAUGGUCGUCAAAUUCUGUAAUUAUAAGGGUGUGUCCAAUAAGUGGUCAGUCAUAUGGAAAGGACCUGGAUGGGCACCGGGCAAGCCUCGGCUCGGCCUACUAGAAAAUGUACCCAUUUUGGAGCCAAAUGCAGCCAAAUAUGGUUACGACCCCCAUAUCCCUCACUGGAAAAAGUUUUAUACAUUGAUUCACAUAUCGAUUCUUAUGUUGGCUUUCAUGCAAUUAGCGGAUCACUCGACUAUUAAAUACACCUCAUAUACAGUGAUCAUAGGAAUUGUGUACAUAAUUCUGUUUCUCACAUCAAUCGGUGCUUUAUUUGACAACCGAAAAUUGGGACAAUAUUUGGAAGCGUUUCGCUGUUUCUUAUAUUUUGGAGUCGAAUACUAUUUUAUGGGUUCUUUUGAUUGGUAUAUAAGUGAAGAUCAAUUCACUCUCAUGUCU